UCUCUCGGUCCCUCACCUUCCGCGGGGCGAAUGUGGGCCUCUCGCAAAGCGAAAGUUCGCGACUGCUGGGCCGCCGCUUCCGUCACGCUGAGACGGUGUUUGAAGUUGGGGGCGACCAUGGCAAAGAGCAAGUUUGAGUAUGUGCGGGACUUCGAGGCUGAUGACACCUGCCUGGCCCACUGUUGGGUGGUGGUGCGGCUGGACGGCAGGAAUUUCCACCGGUUUGCUGAGAAGCACAACUUUGCAAAACCAAAUGACAGCCGUGCUCUCCACCUAAUGACCAAAUGUGCCCAGACUGUAAUGAAAGAACUGGAAGAUAUUGUGAUUGCAUAUGGACAGAGUGAUGAGUACAGCUUUGUGUUCAAGCGGAAAAGCAACUGGUUUAAAAGAAGAGCCAGUAAGUUCAUGACUCAUGUGGCAUCCCAGUUCGCCUCCAGCUUUGUGUUUUAUUGGCGAGAUUACUUUGAGGACCAGCCCCUUCUGUAUCCACCAGGCUUUGAUGGAAGAGUCAUAGUGUAUCCUAGCAACCAGACCUUAAAGGACUACCUCAGUUGGCGGCAAGCAGAUUGUCACAUCAAUAAUCUGUACAAUACAGUUUUCUGGGCCCUCGUACAACAGUCUGGACUAACACCAGCACAAGCCCAAGAGAGAUUACAGGGAACUCUUGCAGCAGACAAGAAUGAGAUUUUGUUUUCUGAGUUCAACAUCAACUAUAACAAUGAGCCGCUGAUGUACAGGAAGGGGACCGUGUUGAUAUGGCAGAAGGUGGGUGAAGUCACAACAAAAGAAGUUAAACUGCCAGAAGAAAUGCAAGGGAAAAAGAUGGCAGUGACCCGGACCAGGACUAAGCCAGUGCCUUUAUAUUGCGAUAUAAUCGGGGAUGCUUUUUGGAAGGAACAUCCAGAGAUCCUAGAUGAAGACAGCUGAUCCUUUGCUUUUUAGCCCUGGCAGGCUUAUCCAUGCAAGACCCCCUAAGUCUCCUGGCCUUAGGUGCCCUACGAUCCCUACUACCAACAGCAGUGUGCCAGGAGUGACAUAUAUCAGGUUGGAAAGGAAACAGAGAAAGAAGGGAUGGAUAGGGGUGGUUAUCGUGUUCUGCUUUAAGUAGAACAUUUUUUUACAGUGUUGGAACAUGGUUCCUUCGGUAGAAGUGCAUUUUUUUUUUUUUAAUCGUGGUGCUAUUUUUAUAAAGCAAGAACUAUUUUAUGCUUUGCAGAAUGAAUCAUUUUUAGAUUGUGGCAUAAGUCUUAUAAAAACUUGUCAAGCUUUUUCCACCUAUGAUAGAUGAACCCAAACUUUACUCUCAACCACCUGUUCUUAACUACAAAAUCUACUAACCUUGAAGAUCUCACCUUUCCUACCCAUGUACUUUGACCUUGAGAUAAAUAAUGAGUAGGUGGUUACACGAUUCCUCUGAAUUCAGGAAUUGCAGGGAGAAUCAGGAUUUUGUGCCAGUCUCCCAAGUUGGCAACUUUGGCUGAACAAAUUAGUAAUUUGGAUGUCCUCGUGUAAACAUUCCAUAGAUUGAUUUUGUGGAGCUGUCAACAGGAUCAUUGUCUCGCCAAGGAUAUUUCCAAAGCCACUUACUUUUUCUAAGAAGAAAGAGAAUAAUAUGUAUAUAUGAGAAAAAAACAAAAUGAACAAGGAAGAAAAAACAUGGACUCGGUCCUCUAAACACUUCAGUUGUAAAAGUCACCUUCCUGUUGGAUUUUCUAAAAAGGAUUCUCAGGUAGCCUCUAUGUAAUUGGAACACUGACAUCUGAGUUAGAGAGCAGAGUGGUCAGCACUUCCCUUGGGGUCACAAAUGGCAGGUGUCAGAGGACCCCUAACAGUUCCACCUGCUGGUGGGCCAGUGGAGCUGGGGGAGGAGCAGCAGAGAGCAGCAGCAGUAACUGCAUGUGGCCUAGUUGCUGGCCCCAGAAGUGAGGGUAGGUGGUGAGAGAACUCACAUUGCCCGUUGUCCUCCUUUCAUAUUUCACAGGAGGAUUAUUUGGCUCUAUUAAGAAUUAGGAGCAGCCUAUGUUUUAGUGCCUGGUCUUGCAUUACAGAAUUUACAGCCACAGAGAAAAUGUAUUUUUAAAGGCAAUGGCUGGUCUCCUUCUUCACUAAUUGAUACCUCAUUUGUUGGAAUCAUUUCUUCCCCUUCCUGUUCUCACUAGAGGAGAUUUUUUUUUUUUUUCACUAGAGGAGAUUUGAUGCAUGUUUGGUAAUUGAUAAAACCUCUGAGAAAAAAAUAAAGGCUUCAACUCCCUUGGCCUAA